AUGACAGUGACGCUCAUUUUUCAGUUGGAGCUUGACUGGUCUCAUCUCGAUGCAGUCGCUGAGAAUGUUGUGGCUGCGCAAGAAGCGGCGAGGGUUGUUACCGAAACAACACCGCUUGUUGAUCCGACCGAAAACGUCACAACCGUGGGAGAUUCUACGACAGAUUCCGCUGAUGGGACGAAUUCGACUCCUGGAAAUGGCAAUCAUCCCAUUGACCCCAGCGGAUAA